AAGAAGAAGCAAAGAAGCAAACACAAAAAUUUCGGGAACAGAAAAGAUCAGAAAAAAAAAAACAAUGGAGGGCUCGUCGUCGUCGUCUCCAUUGCCGUUGCUGUCAGCCAAAUCGGAUGGAGAAUUGGAGGAAAUGCUUGAUCGGAUGUUAACGAGGCUUGCUCUCUGUGACGACUCCAAGCUCGAAGCCUUGCUCUCGAAGCUCCUUCCACUCACCAUUUCUUCUCUCUCUUCUCAAUCUCCCGCUGUUCGCAACAAGGUUCUGGAGAUUUUGAGUCAUGUGAACAAGAGGGUGAAGCACCAGUCUGAAAUCGGUUUGCCUUUGCUCGAUUUAUGGAAACUGUACACUGACCCUGCUGCUUCUCCUAUGGUUAAGAACUUCGCUAUUGUGUAUGUUGAGAUGGCAUUUGAACGUGCACCAUCAAAGGAAACCGAGGUCGUUGCGUCUGUGAUGCUAGAAAAUGUUUCAAAGCUUCCUCAGCAACACCAGGAGAUUAUUUUGAGAAUUGUCGUUAAGGUGAUUGGUGAGUGUCAUGCUAGUCAGAUCAGUGAUGACGUAUCUGCAAAGUAUAAAUCUUUGGUUGCCUCUCAGGACAAGGAUUUGUUUCUGGAAUUUUGCCUUCAUAUGAUUUUGUAUCAACCGUCGCCUCAAGGCGGAGGAUCUCCUCCUGGCCUUUCAGUUUUCCAAAUCAACCGGAUCGUGGGAAAGCAAAUGUUGAAAGGGGAUACACUUACAAGGAGAAAGUUAGGGAUAUUGAAUGUCAUUGGGACCAUGGAUCUGCCUGGUGAACUUGUAUAUCCUUUGUAUGUUGCUGCAUCUGUGGACAGUCAAGAGCCUGUAGCUAAGAAAGGUGAGGAUUUGCUAAAGAAGAAAACUUCUGGUGCUAAUUUGGAUGAUCCAAACUUGAUUAACAGACUGUUCAUACUGUUCAAUGGUACCACCCCCACUGAACAUGUUGCCCCAGAACAUCGAAUAACUCCUGUAAAUGCAAGCUUGAAAGUGAAGCUUAUGUCUGUCUUCUCUCGUUCCAUUACUGCUGCAAAUAGUUUCCCAGCGACAUUACAGUGCAUUUUUGGUUGUAUAUACGGAAGCGGAACAACGUUGAGGCUCAAGCAAAUGGGAAUGGAGUUCACUGUCUGGGUGUUUAAGCAUGGGAAAAUAGAACAACUGAAACUUAUGGGUCCUGUUAUACUGAAUGCUAUUCUGAAAAUGCUUGAUGGCUACUCUACCUCAGAAGCGGAUGCUCUUGCAAGGGAGACCAAAACAUUUUCUUUUCAAGCAAUUGGCUUGAUUGGGCAACGCUUGCCUCAGCUUUUUAGAGAAAAGACUGACAUUGCUGUUCGUCUUUUUGACGCACUGAAGCUGGAGACUCAAUCUGUCCGCUCAACCAUCCAAGAGUCAACCAUUUCAGUUGCUGCUGCUUACAAGGAUGCACCGGAGAAUAUACUCAGAGAUUUGGAGGUGCUUCUGUUGGAAAAUUCUCAGGCGGAGCAAAGCGAAGCACGCUUCUGUGCUUUGAGAUGGGCAACUUCAUUAUCCAGUUCACAACAUUGCCCAAGUCGGUAUAUUUGCAUGCUCAGUGCAGCAGAUUCAAAGCUAGAUAUAAGGGAACUAGCGCUUGAAGGACUCUUUCUGAAAGAUGAAGGUCGCCAUAUAGUCUCUAAUCUUGACAACAAGUACCCACGAUUUGGUGACAUGCUGGAAUAUAUUCUAAAGCAGCAGCCAAAAUUGUUAGACUCUUCAGAAAUAAGAGGGCAAAAGCUUCUCUUUCCCUCACAAGUAUAUGUGGUCAUGAUUAAGUUUCUAUUGAAGUGUUUUGAGUUAGAGAUGGAGCAGAGCAAUUCCCUAGCAACAUCAUCUGAGUUUUUAUCUUCAGCACAAAGAAUGUGUUUGUUAUUGGAGCAUUCACUAGCAUUUGAAGGUUCAUAUGAAUUGCAUGCUUGUGCUUCCAAGGCAUUCGUUACAAUCGGAUCUCACCUGCAAGAGAUGGUCGCAGUUUACUGUUCUCACAAAAUUGCUUGGCUAAGGCAGUUACUUAACCAUAUGGACUUCAGUACUCGUGAGUCUGCAGGACGCUUGCUAGGAAUUGCAUCCUCUGCUCUUUCUGAUGCUGAAUCAUGUUCUUUGCUCCGUGAGUUGGCUUCUUCUGUUAGCCAACCACAGAAGUUGAGGUUUGAAGCACAGCACGGAAUAUUAUGUGCCAUUGGAUAUGUGGCGGCUGACUGUUUGUCAAGGACUCCUGCUAUUCCAGAAGCAGUUAUACAGGACACGGUAAAAUUUCUGACUGAUAGAGUUAAUUCGGAAACUGCACAACUGGCCUCUGUUGCUAUGCAAGCUCUGGGCCAUAUUGGUCUCCGUGCAGCAUUACCUCGUCUCAUUAGUGAUUCUUGCCCAGGGGCUCAAGUGUUGGGAGUUCUGCAAGAAAAAUUGAGCAAGCUACUUUCUGGCGAUGAUAUAAAAGCCAUUCAGAAAAUUGUUCUUGCGGUUGGCCAUAUAUGUUCAAAAGAAACAUCAUCUUCACACUUUAAGUCAGCACUGGAUCUCAUAUUCAGCCUUUCACGAUCAAAAGUUGAAGAAAUCUUGUUUGCUGCCGGCGAGGCUUUAUCUUUCAUCUGGGGUGGUGUGCCAGUAACUGCCGAUAUGAUUCUGAAAACCAACUAUACUUCUCUUUCUACGAACUCAAACUUUCUUAUGCGAGAAGUGAACUCUUUGUCAAAUAAUAAGUCUGAUGUCGAAAAUGAAGUUGGAGAAGACAGCCAUGCCAUUGCCCGGGAAACUAUCACCAGAAAACUCUUUGAUGUUCUGCUGUACAGUAGCAGAAAGGAUGAGCGUUGUGCUGGAACUGUCUGGUUACUGUCUGUGACAAUGUAUUCUGGUCACCAUCCAUCCAUCCAACAAAUGCUUCCUGAAAUCCAGGAAGCCUUCUCACAUUUGCUAGGUGACCAGAAUGAACUUACGCAGGAGCUGGCAUCUCAGGGAAUGAGCAUUGUUUAUGACCUUGGUGAUGCAUCAAUGAAGCAAAACCUGGUAGAUGCUCUCGUAAACACCUUAACUGGUACAGGCAAAAGGAAACGAGCUAUAAAGCUUGUUGAGGACUCUGAAGUUUUUCAAGAAGGAACUGUUGGUGAGAGUCCCAGUGGGGGUAAGCUUAGCACGUACAAGGAGCUUUGCAGUCUUGCAAAUGAAAUGGGGCAACCAGACUUGAUAUACAAAUUUAUGGAUUUAGCCAACCACCAAGCUUCUCUUAAUUCGAAAAGAGGAGCUGCUUUCGGGUUCUCAAAAAUAGCCAAACAAGCUGGAGAUGCUCUCCAACCUCACUUACGGUUGUUGAUUCCAAGAUUGAUUCGCUACCAAUAUGAUCCUGACAAGAAUGUACAGGACGCUAUGGCGCAUAUAUGGAAAUCAUUGGUGCAAGAUCCUAGGAAAACCGUUGAUGAUCAUUUGGAUCUCAUUCUCGAUGAUUUGUUGGUACAAUGUGGUUCACGGCUCUGGCGCUCCCGUGAGGCUUCAUGUCAUGCCCUUGCAGAUAUUAUUCAAGGACGGAAGUUUGACCAGAUUCAAAAGCAUCUGAAAAGACUAUGGAUAGCAGCUUUCCGUGCUAUGGAUGACAUCAAAGAGACUGUAAGAAAUGCUGGUGACAAGUUAUGCCGUGCUGUGACAUCCUUGACCAUAAGGCUUUGUGAUGUCACACUGACUGAUCUAUCAGAUGCAAAAGAAGCAAUGGGUAUUGUUUUGCCAUUUUUGCUUUCAGAAGGCAUAUUGAGUAAAGUCGACAGUGUACGCAAGGCUUCGAUUGGAGUUGUUAUGAAACUUGCGAAGGGUGCUGGAAUUGCCCUCCGUCCACAUUUGUCGGACCUGGUAUGCUGUAUGUUGGAAAGUUUGUCUAGUCUUGAAGACCAAGGACUCAACUACGUUGAGUUGCAUGCUGCAAAUAUUGGCAUAGAAACCGAGAAACUUGAAAAUUUACGAAUUUCAAUAUCAAAAGGCUCCCCAAUGUGGGAAACUCUUGAUCUGUGCAUCAACAUAGUGAAUAGAGAAUCACUAGAUCAGUUGAUCCCUCGCCUUUCUCAGCUGGUUCGUGCUGGUGUUGGCCUCAAUACAAGGGUUGGUGUUGCCAGCUUCAUCUCGUUACUAGUUCAGAAAGUUGGUAUCGAGAUAAAGCCAUUCACUGGCAUGCUGCUCAGACUUUUGUUUCCAGUUGCAAAGGAGGAGAAAAGUGCUGCAGCAAAACGUGCCUUUGCAAGUGCAUGUGGCCUUGUAUUGAAGUAUUCUAGUCCCUCUCAGGCCGAAAGGUUAAUCGAGGAUAUAGUGGCACUGCAUUCUGGUGACAGGAAUUCCCAGAUCUCAUGUGCAAUCCUUUUCAAAAGCUUUUCGUCCACAGCUUCCGACAUUGUGGCCAGCCAUCAAUCAGCGAUCGUUCCAGCUAUAUUUAUUUCCAGAUUCGAGGAUGAUAAACAGAUUUCUGGCCUUUUUGAGGAGGUCUGGGAAGACAGUACAAGUGGUGAAAGAGUAACCCUUCAGUUAUUUCUGGAAGAAAUUGUCAGUCUUCUUUGUGAGAGCAUCACAUCAUCUUCAUGGGCCAGCAAAAAGAAGUCUGCUCGGGCAAUUUGCAAACUAGCUGAGGCUUUGGGUGAAUCAUUAUCUUCGCACCACAGCAUUUUGCUGCAAUGUCUCCUGAAGGAAAUUCCUGGACGGCUUUGGGAGGGAAAGGAUGCUCUUUUGGAUGCACUAGGUGCUCUUUCAACCUCGUGCCACAAGUCAAUAUCUACCGCGGAUCCAACAACUCCUAGUACCAUUCUGAGUGUUGUGUCUUCUGCGUGUGGAAAGAAGGUCAAAAAAUAUCGUGAAUCGGCAUUCUGCUGUCUGGAGAAGGUGAUAAAAGCUUUCAGAAAUCCAGAGUUUUUCGAUGCUGUUUUCCCGUUGCUCUAUGAGAUGUGCAAUACAGCCUCUGUCAAUAUCAUUGGACGAGCUUCAUCAACAAGUGAUGCUGUUAAAACUGAGUCUGAUAAUGUGGAAGAGGGUUACAUUCCGCUCGACAAAAUCAUGGACUGUUUUAAGUCGUGCAUCAAUGUGGCGAACACAGAUGACAUUCUUAAGCGGAAAGCAGAUUUGGUUCAUAUUCUUAUAAUUUCCUUGUCACCGGGUUUCCCAUGGUCAGCGAAAAUAUCGGGAAUUUCGUCUAUAAAAGAGCUUUGUUCAAGACUACAAACUCUGUGGAAUGACUCUACGGACGGGCCUUUACCUGGCGAUGCAACUUCCUUCACUCAUGAGAUCUAUCUCACUUUGAUCCCUAAAUUACUGGAAUGCAUAAACACCGUCAAGAUUGCUCACGUUCAUGUGGCGGCUUCGCAAUGCCUGCUUGAUCUCAUCCAUCUGUAUCGCAAGGUUUCAUCGGCGCAUCGGGUGGACGACGUGGAUCUCAAGGCGGAGAUACUCUCUCUGCUCGAAGUCGAAAAGAAUGAAGAAGCUAAGUCUUUGUUAAGAAAAUCUAUUGAUGCCUUAGGUUUUCUUUCUAGGUGACGUGUCACAUAGGGUAGAACCUUAUGCCUUAAGACAUAUCUCUCACGCCUUUGCAAUACCGGAGAAUUUAAAAUGAUCUCCUUCUUUCGGUAGAGAACUUCGUUAUUUUUCUUCUAGUCAACUUGUUUUUAUUUCACUCGUGUUUUCUAUAAAGAGGCAGAUCUUCUUUUAUUUCCA